AUGGGUUUCAUCGGUGUCUACUCGGCUGUGUACGACUACCAGCCACAGGGAGCGGGCGAACUCGAGAUUCGCGAGGGCGACCUCCUCUACAUCUUGGAAAAGAAUGCGGACGAUGACUGGUGGAAGGCUAAAAAGAAGGCUGGGCGGGAGGACGAGGACGAACCUGAAGGCCUAGUCCCCAACAACUAUGUCGAAGAGGCGCAACCAGCACACAGAGCUACAGCCCUCUUCGACUACACGCGACAGACUGAUGAGGAGGUUUCCUUCUCAGAAGAUGCUGAGCUGAUGGUGUACGACACCUCGGAUCCGGAUUGGACAUUGGUUGGAACCAACUCGGAGUAUGGAUUUGCGCCGUCGAAUUACAUCGAAAUCAUCGAGGAUGCCUCCACUGCAACGACUGUCCCUCCUCCGCCUUCUGUUCGAACCGAGCCUGCCGCGCCGACGCUUCCGCAGCGGCCGACGCUGACUGCCCCGGAAGAAACCGAGGCAUCGCCCGCCGGCUCUCCGGUUGAUAUGUCUCACAAUCCCGCUGCUGCUGCGAUAGCCAGUAUCAUCCACAAGCAGCAUGCCCCUGCGGGAGCACCGGCCGAGACAACUAGAGAUGAAUCCCCACCACCCAGUCUUCCCGUCCGGCCAUCGUACGAUCAAGCAGAAGACCGCGAGGAGCCUCCGCUGCCUAGUCUGCCGCGUCGACCACCUUCGGAACAUGUGUCCCCGCCUAUGAACCGUUAUUCGCCUGAGCCAACUCCGCCACCCCGUCCUCAACAGGCGGCGCCUGCUAUGGGUCGUGAUGGGACACAUGUCAAAGCAUCUCCCCCUUACAACCGGGCAGGUGAGAUGACGCCUCGGUCACCUUCCGGCUAUCAUAUCUACAACAUCAAUGAGAUGGUUGAAGUUAUGGGCAAGAGAAAGAAGAUGCCGACUACAUUGGGAAUCAACAUGGCUACUGGAAUCAUCUUCAUUUCUCCUGAAGGAGAUGAUCGGCAGAAAGAAUGGAGUGCGGAGAAGCUCACUCAUUACUCGAUCGAAGGAAAACAUGUCUUUGUUGAUCUUGUCAGGCCUAGCAAGAGCAUCGAUUUCCAUGCAGGUGCCAAAGACACUGCCCACGAGAUUGCAGCGGCACUCGGCGAGAUCGCUGGUGCCUACCGGGCAGAAGGAUUGCGUGAGGUGAUCGAGGCAGGAGAAGGCAGUGGUCCAAAGAAGGGCCAGAUCCUCUAUGACUUCGUGGCGCAAGGCGAUGAUGAAGUUACAGUAUCUGUGGGGGACGAGGUCGUCGUCCUUGAUGAUACCAAGUCCGAAGAGUGGUGGAUGGUACGGCGAUUGAAGAACAACAAGGAGGGUGUUGUCCCCAGCAGCUAUGUUGAAGUCACAGGAUUGAUACCGAAGGCGCCGCCAAUGCCGAACGAACCAGGCCUAUCGAGUGUCGAAAAGAACCGGAUGGAGGAGAUGCGGCUGUCGAAACUUGCGAUGGGCAAGUCAAGGACGGACUCGAUGGAUUCAUCGGACCGUCACAGCAAGCGCGAUAGCAAAAUCAAGUCGAAGCCCGAUCCGACUAAAGUGCGAAAGUGGACGGAUCGGACCAAAGACUUCACAGUGGAAGCCCAGUUCAUAGGUCUCCAGGAUGGUAAAAUCCAGCUUCACAAGGUGAACGGUAUUAAGAUUGCCGUCCCUGUCUCGAAGAUGUCUGUUGAAGAUCUCGAGCACGUGGAGAAGGUCGCCGGCGUCUCUCUGGAUGAGGACAAACCUCUUUCAAGCAUCCGACCUCGAGUUGCCAUUAACAAGGAUUCCAAAUCCGGGGCUUCCAAGUCUGGGGCUUCUGUACAACGUUCCGACUACGAUUGGUUCGACUUCUUCCUCAAGGCUGGCGUUGGGCCACAUCGCUGUGAGCGAUAUGCACAGUCAUUUAACAAGGAUGCGAUGGACGAAUCUGUGCUACCUGACAUUACAUCUGAGAUCCUUCAGACUUUGGGUCUAAACCAGGGUGAUACCUUGCGAGUGAUGAAGGUGUUGGAUGCCAAAUAUGGCCGUACCCCGGACAAGUCCAAGCCCCGAAACGUCAGUUUCGGCGGCGAGGAAGUCAUUGGCAAUGGCGAGGACGGAGGGCAAGGUGGUCUGUUUUCCGGGCCGGGUGGUGUGCUGCGCAACAACACUCGCAGGGGCAGACCAACACCAAACGUCCAAGCCGGAGAGGUUGAUCCUAAAGUGUUCGGACAGGGAGACGAACCUAAAUCACCAGAGAGCUCGGCGAGCCCACCGCCCCCUGUGGCAGCUGAAAAGCCUGCUGCAGCCGGCUUUGAAGAUGAUGCUUGGGAGGUGAAGCAGCCGAAGCAGCCUGUCAGGCCAUCUGCAGCCACCGCGACCCCACCACCUACGGCAGCUCAGGCUCCUCAGCCAACAGGGGCAAUGGCGGAUCUGACUUUGCUCCAAACUCCCUUGCAGCCGACACCGGCUCAGCCUACUGCACAGCCUGCCCCGCCCAUGCCUACCCUACAGCCGCAGACCACUGCCGUGCAAUCACCAACUGUUCAACAGGCUCAGCAAACAGGUGCCACUCCCAGCUUGUUUGCGCAAGUGGCACAGAUAGGACAGCAUCAACAAGGUUUCAGCCCUCAGCAGACUGGGUUCCAAGCACAGGCCAGGCAACGCCCUCAGGCCCCUCAGACAGUUGGACAAAAUUCACUUCUGCCUCCGCCUCCGCCUCCGCAGCGCCCACUGUCCGCGCCUCAGAACUUCUCGCAGCAGCAAAACUCCUUUGGUCCUCCUCCAUUGCAAGCUCAACUAACGGGCCUUCCCCAGGCGGGUCCUCCUGUUGCUCCUCCUGGCCAGAGUCUGAGCGAAAUGAACCAGCUGCGUUACCAAGCUGUAAUGCAGCCGCAAGCGACAGGAUUUAUGGGUCAAAACCAAUUCCAGAAUGGUUUGAUGCCGCAGCCCACAGCGUUUACUCCCCAGUCACAAUUCGGUAUCCAGCAGCAGCAGCAGCAACAGCCGUUUGGUAACCAGAUGGCCCCUCAACAAACUGGGUUCCAGGGACUUGGGCCGCAGCCCACAGGCUUUGGUGGAUACGGGCAAUUCCAACAACCAAUGCAGACUGGCGUCAACUCCGUCCUUCCUCCUGCACUGCAACCGCAACCCACUGGUGCCAAUGGCUAUGGCAACCAGUCCUACACAUCUCCACCCCCUGUGCCGCCAAUUCCCCAGCAACCAACAGCCACUCCUCUAUCACCACAGAAGACCGGGCCACCUCCCUCCAUCAGAUUUGGUGUCAAGCCAGAUGGCCCCAAGAAGCUUGAGCCACAACCGACUGGACUCAGAGCCAACCUUUCGCAAGCUACCCCCAAUAAUCCAUUCGGCUUCUAA